GACAGCUAUCUACUUGGUGGCUUGUUUGGCCCCACUGGGCCUUUUGCUGCUUGGCCCAGACUGCAGCAGCUGGACGUUGGUAUCCAGAGGCAGCUCCUGGAGAUCGGUCAUGAACCCGAACGGACGGCUUGGUUUGGACUGGAUUCGAAAUUCAAACCUGAUGAUAUCUCGGUGCACUUUGAUACUCCAUUUAUGUCUGGCAGUUUGUGCCAUCUACGUGAUGGAACAACCACGUGGGAGUGAAGAGGUGCUUCCACGUCACAAAAGGUUUGAAGCAUUCUGCAAUUUGAUUUCUUUUGCAGCAUGA